CACUGCCGACCUGUUUUGCUCAAAGAAGAAUCACUUCCGCUCAUCAUUCCUCCUGUCACGGACUCCUUUGGUGAAGCGAGAUUACCAAGAUGGCAGCCCGGCGUUUAGCCCUGAAGGCCGUCGACUGGGUGGCAUUUGCUGAGCGUGUUCCACCCAACCAGAAGAGCAUGUUCAAUGCCCUGAAGACCCGCAGUGAUGCAAUUUCUGCUAAACUAACUUCCCUGCCAGAGUCUCCUGUUGCCAUAGACUGGAGCUAUUACAAGAGCGCUGUGGCCAAAGCUGGAAUGGUUGAUGAGUUUGAGAAGAAGUUCAAAGCUCUGAAGAUCCCCGAGCCUGUUGACACGCAGACAACUGCCAUCAACGCCCAGGAGGUCGAGGCUGACAAAGAUGCCACAGCUUACGUGGAAGCAUCAAAAGCUCGCGUCGCAGAGUAUGAAGCACAGUUGCAUAAGUUCAGGAAUAUGAUCCCCUUCGACCAGAUGACCAUUGAAGAUCUCAACGACACCUUCCCCGAGACCAAGUUGGACAUGGUCAAAUAUCCAUAUUGGCCCCACAAGCCCAUUUCUGAAUUGUAAUUAUAAUCAUUGACUUGGCACUCACCCCACAAUAAAAACUACAUAUUUUAAAUGCA